CCUCUCCUACUCUUACUGCUGGUAUGAGGGUCUCUACUCUCCUCGCAGCCGUCCUGGCCUUGACCAUGGUCGGCCUCGUCGCGCAUGCCCAGACACAGUCGCCGCCUCCGCCGCCUGCUACCGCAUCGCCACCUCCGCCGCCUGCUACCGCAUCGCCUCCGCCGCCUGCUACCGCAUCGCCACCUCCGCCUGCUACCGCAUCGCCUCCGCCGCCUGCUACCGCAUCGUCCUUGGAAAAACUCCCGAUGGUAGAGAUUAGAGACCACGGCUUCCCCGCCGCCUCCACCAUCCCCGCCACCGCCAUCCCCGCCACCACCGCCGCCACCAUCCCCGCCGCCGCCUUCUCCGCCGCCGCCGCCGUUCUCAUCGCCGCCGCCGCCGCCCCGACGGUCACCUCCACCGACCCGCACGCCGGAGCCAACGACGUGCCGCUCACCGCCACCAUCCGGGUCACCUUUUCGACUCCGAUGGAGGCGACCACCACGGCUGCGGCGUUCUCGAUCGCCCCGGCCGUCAUCGGCUCGCUCUCGCUGGCCGACGCCACGACGCUGGUCUUCACUCCGGCAAGCCUCCUGCCUAACGACGCCACCUUUGUCGUUGGCGUCAACGGAUCGGCCAUGUCCAUCGCCGGCAUUCCUCUUGCUGGUGCCAUCGCCUUUAACUUUACUACCUCGCCGCACCCAUACGUGGUGGCCAUGAGCCCGGCGCCGCACGAUCCGGUCGUCGCUCCGACAGCGCCGAUUGUCCUUACCUUCACCGCGCCCAUGAACCAGGCGGCCACCCUCGCAGCGUUCUCCACGACGCCGGCGCUCCCUGGCACGGUCUCGCAUGUAUGGAACGCGGCUGGAACGGUCCUCUCUGUCAGUCACACUGGCCUGUUUGGCUCGACAUCGACGUAUUCGGUCAAUGUGUCAUCGGCGGCGACGUCGGCUGCCGGUGUAGCUCUUGCACCGCCGUUUGGCGCUGACUUUACCGUGGUCUCUGUGCCCAUUGUCACCGCGUUCUACCCGCCCAACGGACAGACCGGCGUUGCGCCGUCUGAGACCGUUGUCGUCCACUUUUCUCGCGCCAUGGACACGUCCCAGGCCGAGACGGCGUUCUUCCUCUCCGGCCCGACCGGCAAUGUCACCGGUGCAAUCACGUGGCUCCAGUCCGGAUCCGUCCUUGUCUUUACGCCAGCUGCUGACCUCGUCCCUGGCAGUAUGUACACCGCGGCGAUCGGUCCAUCGGCCCGCGACCUCGCCGGCGUUCCGCUCUACCGACCGUACACAGCCUCAUUCUCGGUCGCCUCACCGCCGAUUAUCACAAGCUCGCUGCCGGCCAACAACUCGGCGUCGGUCUCGGUCUUUGCCUCGGUGGCCAUCACGUUCUCGCAAGCGAUGGCGCCCGACACCACGACGGCCGCGUUUUCGCUCACCCCGCACGCCCCAGUCGCUUGUGCCAUGGCCAACGACAACCAUAAGCUGGUCUGCGUCCCGACUCUGGGCCUCUCUUCAUCGACAGUGUACGUCGCGGCGCUGGCGCCGACUGCCAUCUCGCUCGCGGGAGAUCGCCUCGCCGGCCCGCACACCAUUAUCUUUUCCACAGAAGGCGCGCCGUCGGUGGCUAGCGUCGACCCGGCCGACGGCGCGACUGGUGUCUCGGUUGUCGCCAGCAUCGCCAUCACUUUUACCACGCCCAUGGCGACGUCGGCCACUGCCGCCGCCUUUGCGCUCUACCCGUCGUCGGGCGGACCGGCCGACGCCGUCGCCGGCGUCGCUUCGUGGUCGACUGACAAGACACGUCUGACCUUUGAUCUUGCGGGUGGAAGCCAGCUCGGGUCGGACACCAGCUACAGCGUGCUUGUAGGCCCCGGCGCCCGCUCUGAGGCAGGCACUCCGCUCCAGGGCGGCACGUUUGCCUCGACCUUUACUACCGUCACCGUCCCGCAGCUGUUGGGCGCUACGCCGGCCGCUGGCGCGGCUGACCUGCCAUCGGGCGCGCCGCUUGCGCUCGCACUGUCGUUCAACGUGGCCAUGAACAGCGGGUCGCUCGCAGCGGCGACCGUCGUCACCAUCUUUGACCAGACCCGCGCCGAGCUCGGCCCGCUCAACGGCACGCUCGGCUGCAACGGCGAGGCCAAGGUUUGCACCUUUUCCUCGAUCUCGCCGCUCGACACCCUCCGCACCUACCGAGUCGACGUUUCGGCUGCCGCUGAGGCCGCCGACGGCACGCCGCUGGCGGCGCCGAUCAGCUUUCUCCUCUCAACCUCGGGCAUCCCGGUGGCGAGCAGCACAAGCCCCGCAGCGCACUCUCCGGGAGCCGACCCACUCGCAGCCUUGAGCGUGACCUUUACCCAAGCGAUGGCCCCUGCUCCCACCGGCGGCGCCAUCCAGCUCUUCCGCGGGACCAACACGUCAGCGCCGGUGGCUGGCCUCGGCGCGCCGGUGUGGAGCAGCGGUGACACGAUGGCGAGCAUGGCACCGCCGCCGGGCGGUCUUGCACCUGGCACGAUCUACACCCUCACGGUGGGCGGCGCCGCCGUCGGAAGCAACGGUGCGCUGCUGCGGAGCGAAGUGAUUGUCCCGUUUGUGACGUGGACGCCGCCAGUGGUGACCUUUGUUGCGCCGCGAGCCUCGUCGCCGACCGACCGCUUCCCCCGGAGCUCAAGCCUCCAGCUCCAGUUUUCCGAGCCAAUGGACGUGACCUCGCUGCUCAGCGGCGGGCUUGUCUGCCUCUCGCAUCCGGACUUGCUCGCGCCGGACAACGUGACGGUGGCGUGGUCGCUGGGCGACACCUACGUCCAGAUUGGGUUUGUGUCCGGCCUCGGCUCGGGCAUCAACUACACGCUUGCGCUCGAGGCCGGGGCGCUGCGUGCAGCGUCGGGUGCGCCGCUGACAGUCACCUACACCUGGUCGUUCACCACGCUCAUCACGCCGCAUGUGACGGCGGUCACGCCUGCUGACGGGACGGACUCGGUCCCGCUCCGUCCGCAGGUCACCGUGGACUUUUCGGUGAGCAUGAUCCCGUCGUCGGUCUUUGCCGCGUUUUCGGUUGCGCCAAGCAAUGGUGGCAAAGCGGUUCUGGGCUACGCGCACUUUGCGGCGUCGUCACAGACUUUGCUGGUGUGGACACCGCAGGAAGACCUGGUGCCGGGCACGACGUACACCGCGCGUGUGGCGUCGACCGCGACGUCGGCCGCCGGCGCGCGGCUCCCGGCCGAGGUGACAUGGUCGUUUACGGUCACAGGCGUACCGCGCGUGUUGGCGGUCUCACCCGCAGACGGCACGAGCAACGUAUGGGCGACGUCGGCCAUUGAGCUCACUUUCUCUCGCGAGAUGGACCGGGCGUCGACACUGGCUGCGCUACAGAUCACGCCGGCGCUCGAUGGCGCCACAGUGGCAUGGUCGGAGACCUCGCGACAGCUACGACUGACACCCGACGCGCGCGGCCUUGCGCUCGACGCGCGAUACUCGCUGGAGCUCUCGACGCAGGCACGCGGCAGCAACGGGCUCAACCUCACGGUGCCGUUUGUGUCGUCGUUCACCACCUCGCGGCUCGAUCCGUUUGCGCGGUGCAGCGACAAACCGGGCAUCCUCUGCGGCGAGUGCCAGUUCAUUUCACCGUCGUGCGCGUACAACUUUACGUCGGGCACGUGCCAGCUUGGGUACAACCGGGCGCAGUGCGCGCUGCCGGCGAGCCAGUGCUUUGACAAGUACCGGCUGCACACAUCCAUCGGAUAUGGCGUGGGCGGGGCUGCGUUGGCGCUUGUGGUCGUGGGCGUACUCGCGCUCAUGGCCAUGGGCCUCCGGACGGGACUGGAGGCUGCGGUGGUGAUGAGCGUGCUGCUUGCGGUCGGCCUAGGCACGGCAGCGCUCGCCGUCCCGCAGUGGCGGUUUGACGACGAGAGCCCCGAGUUUGCAGCCGGCGUGGACAUCCUCGUCGUCACCGGUCUGUUUUCGGGCAAGCUCGUGACGUCGUCUGCGGCGGGCGACGCAUCGAGUGGGUGCACGGCGACGACGAUCAAGGCUGGGCAGCUAACGAGCGAGUACAAGAAGGGAUCGUACAUUGCGGCGACUGGGCUUGCGCUCAGCCUCGUGGCGCACGUUGUUGGUGUCGCCCUCCUCGCCAUUGUCAAGCGCGAGGCUUCGGGCUACUUUAGUUUUGCUUCGGAAGCUGCAGAGCGGCGGCGCAAGCGGCUCACACCGUUUGUCUUCUGCUUUGGCGGCCUUGCAGCUGGUGCCGGCAUCGGUGCGUGGCUCGGGAUCUCGCUCGACAGCGGCAGCAUCGGGGUGGCGCCGCUCUUUGGCCUCGGAGCCAGCGGGAUCGGCCUUGUUGCCGGCCUUGCCCUUGCUUGGUCGUGGCGGCCAUCGCGAUCGGGCUACGUUGAGUUUGGCGAUGCCAUGGUCGAGCUUGACCCAAACGUCCACUAUGCGCUCAAGUGA